GUGUGGAGGCUGGCGCGUUUAAUCCAAUGUAGACUUGCGGUGUGAGUGUAUUGUGUAGGUGGUUUUGCUGUCAGCGUGUGUACCGUAUGUGCGUAUGUGUGCGCUUCAUCCCGAUCCCUCCGUUCUCAUUGGCUGCUGAAACUUGUUGGAGCUUUUUCCUCUCGAAUAAGAGAAAGCUCCAAGAACCUAUCGGUGCGCGCAACCCCUCCACCCUCCCUCGUCUGGAGCCCGCCUGGUCCAGACUUGUUUUGGAGAGUGUCAAAAAAAAAAAAAAAAAGAAGAAGAAAAAAAAAGUAGUCCAGCCUUCACAUCGCUUAAAUAAGCUCAUGUUAGGGACGGCCGCUUCUCUACUGUGGACUCAGAACAGAGUCAGGACUCCUCCACGGCUCCGGACACAGCGCUGCGCUCCUGCUGCUGCUGCUGUGGAGCGUUCACGCUGACAUUCAGGCCCUUUCAUCUCCUCCCGGUUCUCCUCCUGCAGCACGCACCGGAUCUGGCAGACAUUUUUCCACCUUCAAAGCACGUCGCCACUUUAACUGGACAUCUAGAAACUUUUUUUCCUUUUCUUUUUCCUUUUUUCUUUUUUUAUUGUCGUUCUUAAUGGUACUAUGUCGUCUUUGCCAGGAACGGUUCCGCGAAUGAUGCGCCCGGCUCACGGACAGAACUAUCCGCGCACCGGAUUCCCUCUGGAAGUGUCCACCCCUUUGGGCCAGGGACGGGUCAACCAGCUCGGAGGGGUCUUCAUUAACGGGCGGCCACUGCCCAACCACAUCCGACACAAGAUAGUGGAGAUGGCCCAUCACGGGAUCCGGCCCUGCGUCAUCUCCCGGCAGCUGCGCGUCUCCCACGGCUGCGUGUCCAAGAUCCUCUGUCGCUACCAGGAGACCGGCUCCAUCCGACCCGGAGCGAUCGGAGGCAGCAAACCCAGGCAGCAGGUAGCCACGCCGGACGUGGAGAAGCGGAUAGAGGAAUACAAGAGAGACAACCCCGGCAUGUUCAGCUGGGAGAUCCGGGAUAAGCUGCUCAAGGACGGGGUGUGUGACAGAAGCACAGUCCCUUCAGGUGAGGCCUCCUCUGUGAGUUCCAUCAGUCGCGUACUUCGAGCUCGGUUUGGGAAAAAAGACGACGAGGACGAGUGCGAUAAAAAGGACGAAGACGGAGAAAAGAAAACCAAACACAGCAUCGACGGCAUCCUCGGCGACAAAGGAACCCGGAUGGAUGAAGUGUCAGACGUGGAAUCGGAGCCCGACCUCCCUCUGAAGAGGAAGCAGCGCAGGAGUCGGACUACUUUCACGGCGGAGCAGCUGGAGGAAUUGGAGAAAGCUUUCGAAAGAACACAUUACCCUGACAUCUACACCAGGGAGGAGCUGGCCCAGAGGACUAAAUUAACUGAGGCCAGGGUGCAGGUGUGGUUUAGCAAUCGAAGGGCCCGGUGGCGAAAACAGGCAGGAGCCAAUCAGCUAGCAGCAUUCAACCACCUUCUGCCAGGUGGAUUUCCUCCCACGGGGAUGCCAACACUUCCUACGUACCAACUGCAAGAGUCCAGCUACCCAACCAACACUCUGUCCCAAGACAGUGGCAGCACUGUGCAUCGUCCUCAACCAUUACCUCCAUCCACCAUGCACCAGAGCGGCUUGUCCAGCUCUGACAGCGGCUCUGCCUACGGCCUGGCCUCCAACCGACACGGGUUCUCCAGCUACUCCGACACCUUCAUGAGCUCCGCGGCACCAAACAACCACGUCAACCCUGUCAGCAAUGGACUAUCCCCGCAGGUAAUGAGCAUCUUGAGUAACCCCAGCGGCGUUUCCUCGCAGCCACAGCACGACUUCUCCAUCUCGCCCCUCCACAACACACUGGACUCCUCUUCGUCCAACAGCAUCUCCGCCAGCUGCAGCCAGCGCUCGGCGGAGGCCUCCAUCAAGACGGUGGACAGUCUACCCUCAUCCCAGUCCUUCUGCCCCCCCACGUACAGCACCACCAGCUACAGCGUGGACCCGGCUGUGGCUGCUGCCGGCUACCAGUACAGUCAGUACGGCCAGACUGCCGUGGAUUACCUGGCAAAGAACGUGAGCCUCUCCAGUCAGCGCAGGAUGAAGCUGACCGACCACUCGGCCGUACUGGGACUGCUGCAGGUGGAAACGGGCCAGGCCUACUAGCACAGAGAUAUUUAUGCAGCAUGACUCCCGGUCUGUCACCAGCACAAACCGCACCUCCCGCUACGAUACACUUCUCCAAGAGAGCAUGUAUGUGUGCGUGUGUCACAGAUUGACUAUAUGUGUUGACUAUAAAGAGGCUGAUGUUUUUUUUUUCUUUCUUUUUGUUUUUUUUUUUAAAUUUAUGUUACACUGUUGGUUCUCCAGGGUUUAGGGGUUAAAUUAUGCAGCUGUCGAAGCUUUAAACAUUCCUCACGGGACCAACACGAUCCACCGCAAAGGUUUCAAGUGUUGGGGACUGUGCGCACAGCACCACUGCGUCCGACUUCACUAGAAAACCCGAUGUACACGUUUUUACUAUGCGUGAGCCCCGAGCCAAUCGAUUUGAGCGUAACCUCUGACCCCUAAAAUAUAUUUCUGCGUUCAUCACGAAGCGAACUUCGCCCCGUCGUCUCAGCGCGCUGUCGUUGUGUUGCGCAGCUGUUCGCGUCAAACAUUCCCUUUUGAGUCGAGUUUAAAAUCUGCUUAAGGAAACACAGCCCACGCGCUCUCCACCUCUUUACUCCCCAUGAUUCACUCACAUUCACUCGCAGUUACUCGUGUUGUGCGACCGUCCGACCUAUAGAUCAGACCUGCUACCUCAAAUUCACUUCCGACCACAGAGAAAUGAAACCACUGGAUUUAGCCACAACAACAAAAAAAAAAAAAUUAAAGUUUUAAACCAUUUUAAUUUAUUUUGUGUUAUCCAAGCAUCUUAAAAAAAGAAAAGACGACCUUAACACAUGUGUGUCUGUGUCUGUGUGUGAGGGAGAUUAACACAUUCAGCUUUUUCCUACUGUUUAUGCAAAGAUUUUUUUUUUUUAAACAGUACUGGUGUACUGUUUAAAUCCUGAAAUGAUUUUACACCAAUGAAAAGGAUACGGCCUGUAUUUAUGUGUAUUUAUUAAAGAUAGCGGAUGCAUCACUCACCAAGCAGCUUCUAAUCCAGGAACCGAUCAGUAAAACUCAUUGAAGAUAUUAUGAUGUGAAUCAUGACGCAAAGAUUAGUUCAUAAUCCCACGUUUUCUGAUUAAUCCCCGAUCCAAACACUGAGGAGUAACUAUUAAUACUUAUCGCCUCUUUUCUCUCCAGUAAAUCAUUAUCAGAUCUCAUGUACGCUGAUCAGCCACAACAUUAUGACCACUGAUGACGCUGAUCGUCUUGUGACAUCUCGGUGUUCUCCUGGGAAACUUUUAUUCAUUCAUGUGACUGUUACUGAGACAUGUACGAUAUAACCAGACCAGACCAGACUAGAUACCUCCACCCCAUAACAAUUACA